AUGGCGCCGAGACUAUCGGAUGAUGAGAUUGAUGAUCUCAUAUACUACGCUCGAGCUGGAGAAACUGAUGAACUGAAGGAGUCUCUUGCCGCGUUAGCAGAGCGAGAGAAGGUGUCACACGCCGAGAUCUUGAUUGCGGCCAGAGAUGAAGGCAAAUCGACAGCCUUGCAUAUGGCAACUGGAAACGGCCACCUGGAAACUGUACGGGAAUUGAUUCACUGCUUCGAUGGCAGGCCAAAAGAAGAAAAGCAGGCGUUCAUCGAUGAAGCUAACGAGCACGGAAACACUGGCUUGCAUUGGGCAGCCCUUGGUGGCCAUCUCGAUACCGUUAAACUUCUAAUGGACCAUGGCGCUUCACCGGCCUUGGCAAAUGAGAGGAAUUACGUUCCGCUGGACCUGGCCAAUUUCAACGAUAAGCGAGAGGUUGCCAAGUAUUUCUUGGAGUCUGCCGGCAUGCUUGAAGACGACAACGAAGAGAGCGGACUGGCCAACGCUGCCGCGUCGAUUGCGCUCGAUGGGGAUGAAGACGAUAAGGAGCAGGAAAAGGCUACAUAA